AAGUCAUUCGGAUGUAUCAAUGUCUAAAUAUACAUUUAGUAUAGAAUUUACAUUUGUGCCAAGAGCAUCAUAAACAAAUCAUUUUUGAAGCAAUCUUCCUUUCAUCAAACCACUUGAUAGAUAUGGGAAGGUGGAUAUAUGUUACGAAAGUAUCUAAUUAUUUUUAUGGGAUCAUAUUUAUUCUAACAACUUGUAUGACAACACCGGUAAUCGGCGAAUCGUUGAUACAAUCAAAUUGCAGCAUUGAUCCUUGUAUGUACGGAAUUUGUUUGGAUAACGAUAAUAGUAGCUCUUAUUCGUGUUAUUGUAUCGAUGGAUAUACUGGAAUUAAUUGUGAAAUUAAUUGGGACGAUUGUUGGUCAAAUCCUUGUCUCAAUGGUGGAAUAUGUACGGAUGCCGUAGCGUCUUACAAUUGUACUUGUUCCGAAGGCUUUAUAGGAAUAAAUUGCGAGCAAAAGUAUAGUGAAUGCGCGAAUCAACCUUGUCUCAACAAUGGUACCUGUCUCGAUUAUGAUGGAUUUAUAUGUCAAUGUCCUGAUGGAUAUUCAGGUGAUUAUUGUGAAAUUGAUGCUUCGGUUUGUAACGAUACGAUUUGUAAAAAUUUCGGAGAGUGUAUCGAAGGACCAGGAUUUUCUUUCUUUUGUCGAUGUCCCACAGGAUGGACUGGCCAAUUAUGCGACGAAGAUAUCGAUGAAUGUGUUACUUCACCGUGCAAAAAUGGUGGACUUUGUAUAAAUGUUCCAGCUACUUAUACGUGUGCUUGUUUAUUCGGUUUUACUGGCAAAGAUUGCGACAAAGUUAUUUUACCGUGUGAUCAAAAUCUUUGUCAAAAUGGCGCAGUGUGUUUACUCGAAGACAAUAAAUCAGUUUGUUAUUGUGUACCUGAUUAUCAUGGAGCACUGUGCGAACUUAGAUAUGAUGAUUGUGAAUCAAAAUCAGCUAAUUGCGAAAAUGGUGGUACUUGUAUCGAUGGAAUCAAUAGUUAUACCUGUGCUUGUCCUCCCGAUUAUAGUGGAAUUAUUUGCGAAGAAUACAUUAUCUCAUCUACAUCAACAUCAACAUCGUUUAUAACGAAAGACUUGAUAGAAGUAAAUGUUAGUAGUAUUAAAUCAACUGAUGUAUCUUCAUCGGAACCUACAUCUACGUCCAUUGUAUUUACUCCUACCAGCUCAAGUCGACAUCCCCAUCCGAUCACGUUAUCAACGACAGUUUCAAAAACUAUCGAUCAUUAUACAAAAUGGUAUCCCUCGAUAGAAACGACCUUGCCUACGCAAACAGAUCGAAACAUAGUUACGACCAGUACAGAAAAUGCGUCGUUUUUUACGGAAACAUCAUUAAAUUUUUUACAUACAUCAACUAGAAAAGAUACUUCAGAAACUCAUAUUGUAUCAGAAACAAGAAUUACCGAAGAAGAAACAGUUUCUUCUACAUCGGAGAUUUCUCUAGCGAGAACAGAACCGAUUAAUUAUCAUAACGUUACGGAUAGUACAAGAACAUCAGAUGUUGAUCAAGAUAAUAUUACGGAAUCAUUUUUAUCGGUAUCAGCAUCGGCUCAUCAACAAACAAGUAAAGAAAUAAGUAAUACGCUACCGUAUACAACAAGUACUAUUGGAUAUCAUCCAACGAUAGAAGUGACUGAUUCUAAGAAUAUUACAAACGAUACAACAACCAGAUCUAGUCGCGUGUUUACUGAUGCUACAACUGCAUCUGUUUUUGAUAGUGAUUAUUCGUCGGGAAAUACAACUUUAAUACAAAAUAUUUUUACAACGGAACCCGUAGAACCGCCGAUUACUUCCUCGAUUGCAGAAGGAGAAUUGUCAUCCACAUUAACGUCAACAUCAACGUCAACAUCAACAUCAACAUCAACAUCAACAUCAACGUCAACAUCAACGCCAACGUCCGUUAUUACUCCUAGGAGUUCAACAACUCAAUUUCUGCAACACAGCACUACUAUAAGUACCACUGUAAAUACAACUGAAACUACAGUCAGUCUUGAUCUUGAAAAUAGUACAUUACAUACAAAAUACGAUCAAGUUCCCAUUGCGACGGAACAAUCAUCAACUAGUAGUGAAUGCAAUGAUAAUUCUUGUACAACUGGGACCACUAUACCAUCUGCGCGCAACGUAUCGGAAUGCAAUUGUACAGAACGGGAGGAAGAAUGCAAAAGUAUUAAAAGCGCAGCUUUUAAUGGAAAGUCUUACGCAAGACAGAGUAUUAAUAUUAACGUUAAUAAUGAUACUAUGAGUCUUCGAAUUUAUGUUAAACUUAGAACUCGUUUUAAGAAUGGUAUAAUAUUUCAUGUAUAUUUUGACGAUGAACGUUAUGCUUUAAUAUAUUUAGAAAGUAGUAUAUUGAAAUUUCAAUUCUCGUGUGGUUUGGAAACGAUGUUACUUGGCGAAAUUGAUUCCGCCAUUAAUAAUGGAUUUGAAGCGGAAAUCGAUAUGAGAUUUGAAUACUAUAUUAUGAAUAAAAGUGAUAAAUGUUCUGCUAAGUUAUUAGUAAAUGGUACUACAGCCGUAAGUGGUGAACAAAUGUUAUCAUUCCGAGAACAUUUUCCACAUCGUGCUACUUUGAAUUUAGGUGGCAUACCAUUGGCCUUUUCUCACUACUUUCCACGUGUAGCUAUGGGAUUUAUCGGUUGCAUGAACUCAUUGAUGGUAAAUGGCCUCCAAAGAAAUUUUAUUCAUGAUUCUACAGAGACAUUUCAAAUUGAAGAAUGUACAUCAUUUUUUUGCUUAUCAAAUCCAUGUCAAAACUUCGGAGCAUGUGAAGAAAACAAUGGUGCUAUUCGUUGUCAUUGCGUUGCAGGUUAUACAGGAACAUUAUGCGAACGUUCCAUAUGCGACGAGAAUCCUUGUUCACUAGGGGCAACCUGUAUAAGUUCACCGGGAACUGGUUUUAUUUGCAUUUGUCCUCUUGGAACUCAUGGACUUUUUUGUGAAGAAGAUACUAUUGUAAUUCGUCCGUCCUUUUCAAGUCUGAUACCAGGUUUCUCAUCGUAUAUUGCUUAUGGUGUUUCAAAUUCAAUCAAAGACACUAUGGAACUUAAAAUGAAACUCAUUCCACAUACUUUAGACCAAAUAUCUCUUAUAGCUUAUUUAGGACAGAGUGGCUCACGCCAAGAAAUAUCAGAUCAUCUUUCUAUAACGUAUGUACGUGGUUAUAUUAUGUUAACGUGGGAUCUCGGUUCAGGCGUACGCAGGAUCUUCACAAAAACACCGUUAACUUCUAUAUCAGCUGUAACUGCACCAGGUAUGAAAAGUCAUAAUCCACAUACAUUACACAUUGGAAGAACAGGUAGAGAUGCGUGGCUUGCUGUUGAUGAUACAUACAAUGUUACUGGUCAGGCUGCUGGUAUUAUGUCUCAGCUUGACGUGUCUCCUAUACUUUACAUUGGAGGUCACAAAUCAAAAAAUUUUGAAAUGCUACCGCACGAUUUACCUUUACACACUGGUUUUUCUGGUUGCAUAUUUGAUAUCGAAUUACGUACGAAGGAUACAAUUUUCCCAGUAACCAGUUCUAGUCCAGCUACUGGACGUGGCGUAGGAGAAUGUCAUCGUAACGAAUGUAUUCGUCAUUCCUGUAAAAAUGGUGCAGUGUGCUUGAACCAUGGUUCUACAUAUAGUUGUAUAUGUACGAAGGAUUGGACAGGCCCGGAUUGUUCUUUACCAGUGGAAAAACGUUUUUCUAGUAAUCUAUCAGCCUGUCAUAUAUCAAAUUAAUAAAUAAUUUCAAAAUGUCAUAAAG